CUUUCAGUUUUGUACACUUUUGUGACUAAUCCACGUGAUAACACGUGUGUGCCUUUAUUAACUAACCACGCCCCGGAAUUGGCAACGUAAACAGAAAUGCCAGCAAAGGAUCGUUUUAAGCACCUUAAAGCUAAUGUUCCUUCUUUAGUGUUACCUGCCAAGAAGACCAGCCCCCUUCCCCCAAUAGUUGAUUUACCUGAUGCCACUACGAUUCAAAUAGAUGAUAAAUCGGUGAAGCUCUCAAAGACUGAGCUUUAUGAUGUCAGUGAGAUCGGACGUGGCCAAUUCGGUCAAGUGAAUAAGAUGACACAUAUGGUGACUGGGAAAGUAAUGGCAGUAAAGAGGAUCCGUGUCACACCUGAUCAGGCAAAAAGCAAAAGUUUACUGAUGGAGUGGAAAGUACCAAAGAACAGCGUAGAAUGUCCUUAUACCAUCCUCUUUUAUGGAGCUUUCUUUUGUGAGAAUGAUGUCUGGAUAUGCAUGGAACUAAUGGACAGAUCUUUGGAAGAGCUUUAUCAUUUAGUUUACGACAAGUUAAAGGAGAGCAUACCAGAGCUAGUAAUUGGGAAAAUGGCACUUUCUACUCUUAAAGCUCUGACUUAUCUCCAUGACAAACUUAAUGUCAUGCACAGAGACGUCAAACCUUCCAAUAUUUUAAUCAAUCAAAAUGGUGAGAUCAAACUUUGUGAUUUCGGUAUUGCCGGAGAACUCGUAGACUCUCUAGCUAAAACAGACAUUGGAUGUCGACCUUAUUUGGCACCUGAGCGCAUAGAUGAACCACAACACGAGUAUGAUCACAGAUCUGAUGUGUGGAGUCUCGGUAUUACAAUGUAUGAAAUAGCAAUGGGGGAGUUCCCAUAUCCUGUUGAUACAUUAAGAAGUAUUUUUGGAUUAAUUGAAAUGAUUGUAAAGGGUUCGCCGCCAAGACUUACCAGCGAUCGAUUCUCCGGAGAACAUAAGGACUUUGUGGCACAAUGUUUGACAAAGAGUAGAGAUUCCAGGCCUCGUUAUAAAGACCUUAAUGCCCAUUCAUUUAUUCAAACAAUAGAGAACACUGGAGUUGAUAUGCAUUGUUGGUAUACCACGAUACUCACUAAAUACAAUGAUGAUCUACCACCAGAUAAGACAGAACCUAGCGCUACGAAUGUACCAGAAUUAGUAUCAUGAUUAUUUUCUCACCUUUUUUGUGUCAAUUUUGUGUCAUUUUUAUUUGUUUGUACACAUAGUGACUUAUGACAAAUUUUAUGUGAUUUUUGAUAAUUAAAAAUUAUGAA